AUGGCUGUUGAAGUAUCCAAAGCCGGCGGAAUUGGUUUCAUAGGCGCAGGAACAGAUGUCUCGGAUCUAGCGUCUCAUAUUGGCCACGCGAAGGAACUACUCAAAAGUACUACAUUGCAGAAGCAAAAUGGUAUCUUGCCCAUCGGCAUUGGGUUCAUCAAUUGGGGCGCGAAUCUCGAAAUGGCUAUCCCCAUCAUCGCACAACACCGGCCAGCAGCAGUAUGGUUCUUUGCUCCUUCCUCCACAGCCUCACUUGUACAAUGGGCAGAAAAAAGCAGAGCUGCAUCUCCAGAAACAAAGAUCUGGGUACAAGUGGGUAGUGUCCAAGAAGCUGUCGAAGCGGUAAAACAAGUACAACCAGAUGUGCUCGUCGUGCAAGGAACAGAUGCAGGAGGUCACGGCCUGGUAAAAGGAGCAAGUAUAGUAACCUUGCUACCAGAAGUCAACGACACCAUCGAUGCGUGUUUGCAGAAAGAAGACCACACUCGACAAAAACCUGUGCUCCUAGCCGCAGGAGGAAUAUCCGAUUCUCGCACCUUCGCCGCUGCCCUCACCCUUGGCGCCUCGGGCUGUAUCCUAGGGACGCGUCUCCUUGCUACGCCAGAAGCCAAUAUAACUCAGGGUUACCGUUCCGCCGUCCUGCGCACCACUGACGGCGGACAGAGCACCGUCCGCACCAAAGUCUACGAUUCUCUGCGUGGCACAAAUUGGGCUGAGACACACAAUGCGCGUGGGAUUAUUACUCAGAGCUAUGUGGAUGCGGUGGACAAGGGGAUGAGUCAGGAGGAAAAUACGAGGUUGUAUAAGGAGGAGAUGGGCAAGGGUGAUGAGGGGUGGAGAGAGCAUGGGGGGAGAAUGACGGCAUAUGCGGGGAGUGGAGUGGGGUUGGUUAAGGAGGUUAUGCCAGCUGGGGACGUGGUUAGAGAGGUUAGGGGUGGGGUUGUGGAUGUGUUGGAGGAGGUGAGGAGGAGGGCGAGAUUGUAG